CGGUUCUCUAGCAACCACGGGACUUUUCACAUACAACUACAUGCUCGGCGAUUUACAUUUUUGAGACCCGUACUACUUGCACGUCGAUUCUUGGUGGUGGCGGUGCUCCCGCGCAAUCAGCAGCAAGAUGAAUAUCUUCCGGAUACUAGCGGACUUGUCGCAUUUGGCGUCGGUCUUGAUACUGAUACACAAGAUGCGCAGCUCAUCGAGCGCAUCCGGCAUCUCCUUCAAAUCGCAAUUCCUCUACCUGAUCGUCUACAUAUCCAGAUACCUAGACCUCUUCUGGACUGACCCAACCAAGUCCUUGUGGAACACCUUCUUCAAGAUUAUUUUCGUCUCGGGUCAAGCAUACAUCAUCUACCUAAUGCUCGUCGACUACAAGCCCACGCAUGAUCCCGGUCAAGACACUUUCAGAGUAGAGUUUCUUUUGGGAGGGGCGGCGGUGCUAGGGAUAAUAUGGCCCCCAGCAUGGCAGGUCACUGAAAUGCUCUGGGCUUUCUCCAUCUGGCUCGAAUCCGUCGCUAUCCUGCCUCAGCUCUUCAUGCUGCAACGGACAGGCGAGGCGGAGACGAUUACAACGCAUUAUCUUUUUGCGUUAGGCGCCUACAGGGCGUUGUACAUUCCGAACUGGAUCUACCGGUACUUUGCCCGCGAGCACGUAGAGCCUAUCGCGGUUGUGGCAGGUAUCGUGCAGACGGUGUUAUACUCCGACUUCUUUUACAUAUAUUGGUCGAAGGUGUUACAAGGCCGGAGCUUCAAGCUGCCGGUGUAGUGAGGAAGGCAGGGCAGAGGGGACGGAUUUCCGGUUUGGUUGGUGAAGCGAGUCCCUCGUGGCGGCUGUUACAACUCUUGGCUGCCUCGCGCUCCGUCCCACGAGGAUCGUUGCCCGCAAAGUCAUGAAUCCAACCCAAUUCGGAGCUCAUACGCUAAGUGCCAUUGCAUUUCAACGUUGCCACCAUUCCUGCACUCACAGGGCCACUCAACGAUG